AUGAAAAAAGUUGUGCCUGCUGUCUUAGAAGCAGCUUCACUAGGAGCCUUCAAUAAAUACAUAAAUUUGACAGCUGCUAACUCACCUACCACAGAUGCAGGAGCUAAGAAGAAUAAGGGGACUGGGUUGAAAGAAAAUAAACCAGCACAUGCAUCAAGCAACAUAAUAAAAGGCUCAAGUAAGGAUAAUUCCUUUAUAUCUGCUGCAGAAGAUUGUAGAACAUACUAUGUGGGCAAUGUAAGUACAAAAUCAUCAGAAAAGUUAAAGCAAUUUUUGAUGGAGCACAACAUACCAGUAAUUGCGUGUGACCAAACAGUAUCAAAUAAAGAAGCUACAUCAACAGGGCUGUCCUAUAAAAUAUCUGUCAAACCUGUAUGUAGAGAGCAUUUUUGA